AUGAGGACCCUGCUCUGCUGCCUGGGGCUGGCUGCACUCCUGGGGUCUUGUCUGCCCUGUCCCAGUACCUGCUCCUGCUCCACCAAGAAGAAUGGGCGUUUGUUGGCUGAGUGCGCCUACAAGGAUCUCCAGGAGGUACCCGAGGGGUUGUCUUCCAAUGUGACCAUCCUCACCUUGUCAGCCAACAGGAUCGGCUGGUUGGGACAGGGCUCCUUCGCCGAGGUUCCUGAAGUACAGUCACUGUGGCUGGGCUACAACCAGAUUGGGGUGGUGGAGCCAGGAGCUUUUGCCUUGUUGUUGCACCUGAAGAACCUGGACCUGAGCCACAACAAGAUCGUGGAUUUCCCCUGGCAGGACCUCCGUAACCUCAGCAGUCUGCAGAUCCUGAAGAUGAACAACAACCGCCUGGCUGGGCUGCCCUGGGAUGCUUUCCGCUCCUUGAAGGACCUGCGCUCCCUCUGGCUUAAUGACAAUGAGCUGACCACCCUGGCGGAGGGCACCUUUGACAACCUGCCCUCCCUGUCCCAGCUGCAGAUCUUCAACAACCCCUUCAACUGCUCCUGCAAGGUCUUCUGGUUGAAGAAGUGGACUGAGAUCACCUCAGUCUCCAUCACAAAAGGGGGGUCUACCCUGUGCGUGGCUCCUGGCAGGCUGAAGGGCAGGGCAGUGACAGACAUCCCUGACCACCACUGCGUUGCCCCCUCUGUGCAGCUCACCUACCUCUCCAACCUGGACAACACCGUCAUGUACAAUGGCCUCACUCUGACCCUGCACUGCAGCGUGGCGGGCAGCCCUCCACCAGAGAUCAGGUGGAAGAUCCAGACCUCCAGCCGCCGCAUCGAGAUCAACGGGCCCAACGUGGCACGAGAUGGAAAUGUCAAGCAGAGCCAGGAGCACUUCUUGGUCUUCAAGAAUGGCACCAUGGCCAUCCCCAACUUCAGCAAGGAGGAUGAAGGCAUCUAUACCUGCCUUGCUGUCAAUGACGUGGGCAUGCGGGAUGUCUCGGUCAAUGUGGCCUUGGCUGGGUCGGAGAAUCCAGCCGAAGACUUUCUGCAAGAUGACCCCCAAGCCAGUCACCUCGGGGGUCAGAGCUGCUACAAGGGGGAUGGAAUGGAUCCCUCUGGUGCCGGAGAAAAGCUGGUGAUCAUUUACCACAUGCCAAGGGAGUCGAAGAGCAAAGCUGGAGGAGCGAUGCCGCAGGUCCACCUGGGGACCUUCCUGCUGGCUUUGGGCAUCAUUCUCUGCUGUUAA